AUGACUGCCAAACGGACUUCAGUGGCAGUGAUCGGCGCUGGUCCCUCGGGUUUGUCGAUGCUGAAGUGCCUGCGCGAAGAUGGCUUUGCCGUCACAGCAUUCGAGCGACGGCCAAAUGUGGGAGGCCUAUGGGCCUAUAAUGAGAAUACAUCAUACACAACUGCCCUGCCGAGAACCCGUGCAAACAUCAGUAAAUUCACAUGCGGCUAUACCGACUAUCCCAUGCCCGACCGUUUCCCAACAUACAUGAAGCCGGCUCAGUUUCAGGAGUUUAUGGAAGGCUACGCGAAGCACUUCGACCUGAACCAGGACAUUGUAUUCAAUGCCAAUGUCAACCUAGUGACCAGAGAUGAGGAUAACGCCAAGUGGAACGUCGAGGUUGAUAGAUCAGGCAAGAUUGAGAUCCACGAAUUCGACAAAGUUGUCUUCUGUCACGGCUAUCAGACGAUAGCCAAGUUCCCUACUUUUGAAGGUCAAGAAAAGUUCGAGGGCAAGAUCAUCCAUGCUCAAAGCUACAGGAGCCCGGACGAGUUCAAAGGCAAGAAUGUCGUCGUUCUCGGUCUCCACAGCUCUAGUGGAGACAUAAUCCCAGACCUUGUCCCUCACGCGUCCAAAGUGUACAUCUCACACAGGAGAGGCGCUCUCCCUUUCAAGAGAUUUCGAGGCGGCGUUCCGGUUGAUCUUGGCAUCACUUGGCGCCGCCGAGCCCUGAGCCACUUCAUGCAGAGACACCUCCCGCGCUUGUCUCGCAUCGUUGCCGAUGCCGCUGCUUCCUGGCUGGCUCGCAGCUUGUUUGGGAAGCUCGACCCGGCCUGGAGACUAGAGCCGUUCCCUUCACUGGUGCUCCACCUCCCCGGCUCGUGGGAAGAUGUCAUACCGCUACUCCAAGACGGCACUGUUGAAUCCCUCCACGGGAUAAAGCGCUUCCUCGGUCCGCGCGCCAUAGAAUUCGCGGACGGACGCGUCAUCGAAGAUGUCGAUGCCGUGAUAAUGUGCACCGGCUAUAGGGCCGAUUGGGGUCCGCUGCCAUUUGUCGAAACAAGCAAGCCAACGGCACAUGGUUAUGCUGGGCCCCCUAUCUACAGGAUGUAUAUGAAUCUCUUCCCGCCGAAAUAUGCCGACAGCUGUGUGGUGCUGAACUACAGCGCCUUUGGCAAGAAUAACGGCUUCUCCUUUGCCGAUGUGACGUCCAUGGCCAUCAGCAACGUAUUUCGUGGGGUAGAGCACUUGCCAUCCAGGAGGGAGAUGGAGCAGCACAUUGACAAACACCAAGCAUGGGUGGCGAGCCGCUGGGCUGAAGAUCCUACGAUCGAUGUAAGCUGUGUGAGACAGUGGGAGUUUCAGGGCUGGCUUCACAAAGCUGCCGGCACAGGCAUGGAAAAUCUCGGUUGGGGCUGGAAGGGAUGGGUGUUUUGGUUCAAGGAUCGCAAGAUGUACAACCUGAUGAACAAUGGCGUCGAGACAGCUCACGCAUUUAGGUAUUUUGAGACUGGCAAGAGGAGAACCUGGGAUGGAGCGAGGGCCGAGAUCAUACACCAGAACGAGCUGGUCAAAGCCUUUCCAAAGAAGGAUGGCUCAUAUCGGGAGGAUUGA